CCAAAAUAGCCUAAAAUUCCUCAGUAAACUAACAACUGGCAGAACAUCCGAGAUCAAAAUAAGAGUUAUGUUUACAUGUAAAUCAAAAAGCUGCUCGGGAUACAGUUAGUUCUGUCAGUCUCAGCUCUGGGAAGGACGACCUCUUUACCAUUGAUGUAGCCACGCCCACCCGCGUAGUAGGCGCCUUUCCCCUCUCUUCUUGCUGCUUGGACCAAAGCCUCGGCGAUGCUCUGCUUUCCCGCUCCGCCGUACACAGUCCUCGGUGAAGCGGAGAUGGCGCUCCUGUAGGAUGGGAUUCUUUUUCGCGGCUUUCCACACGGCGUCUCGCAAAAUGUUCAUCGGGGGGCUGAGUUGGCAGACAACGCAAGAGGGCUUGCGGGAGUACUUCGGCAAAUUUGGUGAGGUGAAGGAGUGCAUGGUGAUGCGGGAUCCCGUUACCAAGCGGUCGAGGGGGUUUGGCUUUGUAACAUACGCAGACCAAGCCGGAGUGGAAAAGGUUUUGGCGCAAAAUAGACACGAACUUGAUUCCAAAACGAUUGACCCAAAGGUGGCGUUUCCCCGCCGGGCACAGCCUAAGCUGGUCACCAGGACAAAGAAGAUCUUUGUUGGAGGCCUGUCAGUCAAUACCACCAUCGAAGACGUCAAGCAGUACUUUGACCAGUUUGGGAAGGUCGAUGAUGCCAUGCUCAUGUUUGACAAAACUACCAACAGGCACAGAGGUUUCGGCUUUGUCACCUUUGAGAGCGAAGACGUGGUGGAGAAAGUGUGUGAGAUCCACUUUCACGAGAUCAACAACAAGAUGGUGGAGUGUAAGAAAGCACAACCCAAAGAGGUGAUGACGCCGACGGGCUCGGCCAGAGGUCGCUCCAGAGUGAUGCCUUAUGGAAUGGACGCCUUCAUGCUGGGAAUCGGCAUGUUAGGCUAUCCAGGAUUCCAGACUACUACCUACACCAGCCGCAGUUAUUCUGGGAUUGCCCCUGGUUACACUUACCAGUUCCCAGAGUUCCACUUAGAGAGGACCCCCCUCCUGACAUCGUCCCACCCCCAUGAGCUGACAGCCAUUCCCCUGACUGCGUACGGACCAAUGGCAGCUGCAGCCGCCGCAGUGGUUAGAGGCUCCACCCCUUCGCGCACAGCUGGCUUCCUGGGCACGAGCAGUCCCGGACCAAUGGCUGAUCUGUACGCUGCAGCCAAUCAGGACUCAGGAGUCAGUAGCUACAUCAGUGCCGCCAGCCCCGCCCCCAGCACCGGGUUCGGCCACGGUUUAGGGGGUCCUCUGAUUGCUACUGCAUUUACUAAUGGCUACCACUGAGAAGACUCAGGUCACAGAGGAUGGGGGGGCGCUUCUCCUCUGCUGUUGAGCUGGUCGGAAUGCUGGUUGCCCGUUAAUGGCACGAUCUGAUUGGCCGGCCACAGGCUCUGCCGGACUCUCUUCUGGCUCCACGUGGCUCCACCCACCGACUGAAUAUCUUUUUAAAAAGCAGAACUCUUGUUUUUUUUUCUCUGUACUAAUCUCACGUCAACAUAACGUCACCGUUUCUCCUCCUGUAGCGUAACAGCUAGAUCCUUCCUUUCCUCCCUCCUUCCGACUAUCCAUACUCUCUUUUUUUUUUAAAGCUGCAAAAAGACUGAAAAAAAAUCUUGUCUUUUCUGUAAGACAAGGAGAACUGUUUGUUUUAAUAAUUGUUAUUUUAUUUUGAAAGCGAUCUGUCAUUUCCUUCAGAGCCGUUUCUGAAAGAAGAAGAAGAAGAAGAAAAAAGGCAUUUUUAACAAAACGGAAGAACAAGUCCAGACUAAAGGUCCUUUUUUUACACUCAAGUGUCACAGAAUCAUGGGGGGAAAAAUAAAAAAAACCUAAAAUGUAUAUUUUGGUAGUCUUUAAAACAAAAACCUUUGUAAUAUUGUUAUUAAUAUUGACAUUAUAAUGAUAAUCUGUAAGGUAUUUUAUUCUGUAAUUGGUUUUAAAGCAAUGUUUUUAUGUCUUCCUGUAAGAUAUUGUACAUACAGACAGGGUAGGGUGGAGGGGUCGGUCAACCAGCUGGCAUGUCCUCGGUUGGUUUGGAAGUGGGACGGGUGGGUUUGUGGGUGGGUGGGUUGGAUGUCAGUUGCUGCUUUCUGUGCUCAUCUCACUGCUUUUAUCAGUAUGCGUGUUCUCCACGGUGACGUCUGUUCACAGCAGCAGUGCCGGGAGUCUUUUGGGCAAAUUCCUUCAGUUAAAUCAUAAUUUUCUGCUCCCUUUUUAACUUUGUUUGCAUUUCAUCUCCAGAAAGCAAAUGUGACCCCAAAAAAACCCCCAUAAACUCGAUGAACUUGUAGAAGAUUAAAAGACCACGGCAGGAGAAAUCAGAUGCUCGGGGUGGAUUUUCAUUUUGAAAAUAUUAUAUAUAAAUAUAUAUAUUAUCUUUUUUGCGCUGUUCACUUCUUAUUUUUUGUUGUUUUCUUUUUGAAACUAAAGUUUUCCUCUUUUGGCGGUGUUGUCACCGUGGAAACAAAUGAAGGACAUUCUCAGUUGUUGAAAAACCACCGUCUGCCCUCUCUCGGCUUCUGAAGGUGUAUGUGACUGAGCGCGUUUGACUGAGCGUUUGUGUGCACACAACAAAGAGUAAUAUGGAACUACUUCUGGCAACGAAGAAGUGAUUUUGAUUGCCUUUUUUUUCUUUGGUACUGAAACAAACAAACAAAAAAAAAAAAACAUCACCCUGUUCUGUUUUGGUUCGGCUGUUCCUAACUUUUUCCAACUGACUUGUGGGAAACGUGUGCUCCUCUGGAACCAACAUAUUGUUGUUUAUAUGAAGUUGCUGCUCCAUGUGGUGUGAACUAAACAGAACCAGAAAAGAACAGGGUCCCGCUCCCAGUCGGCUCUGAUGCCGGAACCAGAAGACGCUGGCCGGCAGGGAAAGCUUUGAAAAGCUGGAACAUUUUGAGGCUCUGCGAAAACAUGUGGUGUGUUUGUUCAGCCUGAUGUUCAGCGCAGCAGAAGACUUCCUGCUCCAAACAGCUGUUCCUGUCAGACAGACUGGGAGACCAAAAAAAAAAACUACUGCUGGACACCAACACUGUAACUUUUUAACUUACAAUAAAGCAAUAAGUUAUUUUUUACCUUACAAAUGAAAAUUGUACUAUUAUUGGUAAUAGCAGACGAUACGUGGAGAAUUCUGCAGCAUUAAGACUUAUUUUCAGAAAAAAGAAGCUAUAUUUUUCUGUUUCAAUGUCUUGUUCCCCUUGUAUAUUAUUUUUAAUGGUAUCUUUUGUUGUGAUGAUUUAAGGAAAGGGUUCAUGUUGUGAAAGGGGCUCUUUGUGAGCUCACACACUUUCAAGAUUUGGAUUGUCCCCUGAAGAGCUUUUCUUUGUUUUUUUGUUUUUUUUUGUUUUUCUUUCAGUUUUUUCCUCUGACAAUUGAAAUUUGAAAAUCUUAAUAAAUUAUUCUAAAGUG